CAUUUCUUCAACAAGUUAUAACUCCUUUUUUAUUUAUUGUGUUAACGACAUAAUUUGCUAAGUUUGUGAGUGUUUUUCUCGAAAACAAUUGCUAUGGCUCUUGUUGGUAAGUUAGAGGCUGAAGUAGAGAUCGAUAAGUCUAACGUUGAGGAGAUGUUCCAUAUCUUUGGAGCUAAAUCACACUCUAUUUCAAACGCCUGUGCUGAAAGAAUACCAAAAGUGGAGAUGCAUGAAGGUGAUUGGGGGAUUGAAGGCUCCAUCAGACGCUGGACUUACGUUGUAGAUGGGAAGGAGGAAUACAUGAAGGAGAUACUGACAAUAGAUGAAGCAAACAAAACACUGUCUGUGAAGGCAUUGGAAGGACAUGUGAUGGAUCUGUACAAGAGCUUUGUGGGCAGCUUGCAUGUUGCUGAGAAGGGCGAGACAGCGAUUGCGAAAUUUACUAUAGAUUAUGAGAAACUAAACGAAGAUGUUCCAGUUCCACAGAAAUAUAUAGACUUCCUAGUUGAUGUGGCUAAAGAUGUUAAUGCUCACUUCCUCAAAUCCUAAAACAGAGGUGUCUAAUUAAUUACUACGUACCUGGGUAAUGGUUGUGAAGUGGUUCGUUUAUUAUAUGUAAGAGCCGUUGUGAUGCUAGGUGUGUGUAAUGGUUAUGAAGUAUUUCGUGUUUGCAAUAAGAGUGGUUGUGAUAUUGUGCGUGUAAUAUUUAUGAUGUAUGUAUUUCUUUUAUAAUUAAUAAGAGCUUAACAAAGCUUCUAGUGUGGCUACAUUAUUCAAA